GCACAGACUAACUGUCAUUUUUCAUUAUCAUGGCGGAGGACGAGGAUGGUGUUUCGAAUAAGAAGUCACCUCAAAAUACGAAUAACGAAGAACCUUUGCAGGAAAACGAACAAAAUGCAGCUAAACCAGACUUAGGUAUCGAAGAAGCAAAGUACAAUAGUAAUGAAAAUGGUGACGCGACGCUUACGGAGGCGAAAAGUUCUUCUUCCAAGUCUACAGGGGCGACGCGGAAGGAUGAGAACCCGUUUUCGUUUCGGCAUUUCCUGAAGCGGGAUCUCUCAUUGCCGGGUAACUCGACGUACGAAAACACUGGCGCCCGUCCGAAAGUGUACGCGAACACCGUACAGCACUCGCCGACCAAGAUAGACGUCCACGCGGACCCGCGGCGGGACAAGCCCCGCGCGACCGACUCCCAAGCCAAAGACAAGCCUAGCGACGGCAGCAGCCAUCGCAUAAGUGACAACACAUCCUCAAGUAGUUCCGUAGAAAUACCUUUUAGUGUAGUGGAUAACUCUGAUUCUAAGCAUAACUUUUACACGGACAAUAAUGACGUGCCCUUCUAUCACAGACCAAACCUGGCUUCGGAGCCUCUAGGGAUGCCGUCAUUGCCGGAUUUUGUGCAAGACCACAUAUUAGUGGAGCAAGCAUAUUUGAACUUUAACGGGCCAAUAUCAGUUGAUUUGGAUAACUUACCGGACUUUACGUUUAAUACUAGUUUCAAUGCAGGAUCUUCUUCGUCCUUGGGUAGGCGGAAUAAUAGCAAUUAUGGUGGUAGGGGUUAUAAUUAUGAAGAAUAUAUGGGAGCUGCGUCUACCUCGAAUGAGGCAGGUCAGGCUGGCAGUGGGAUGCCACUGGACCUACCAGCCGGUGCGGAGGCUGCAGGGCCUGUGCCCUUGGACCUGCCGCCACACUUGAGCCUGGAUCUGACUGAAUCUGUGAACCCUGUGGACAGGAGGAAUGUGUCUCCUAGAAACACAUUUCCGUUGGAUCUCCCUCCAAACGCUGGGGCGGAGUCGAUGUGUCUGCCGGACUUCCUGCCGGUGCACCCGGGUCGCACGUCGCCGGAGCCCGAGCACCAAGACGAGCAGAUGCAGCAGAUACUCGCCGAGUUGGAACGCACCAGAUGUGAGUUAUUCACGGAGCGUUCCCGCCGGUCCCGUCUAGAGGAGGAACUAACAACAUCGCGCGCGGCAGCCGCGGCGCUCCGCGCGGACCUGUCGGCUGCACGCGCGGCGGUGUCGUCCGCGCGGAGGAGCGACCGUGAGUUCGCGGGGCAGAUGGACGUGGCCGCUGAUAGGGUCGAGAACAGCUUGGCUGAUGCUAAGACCCGAGCGGCGGAAGCAGAAUCAACGAUAGCUAGAUUGAAAAAUCAAAUUAAAAAAUUAAAGGAGGAGUUAUCAGCGUCGCAGGAGCAGGUCCGCUCGCUGCGCGGCGUGCAGGGCGCGGCGGCGGCGGGGCUGCGCCGCGCCACCGUCGUCGCUGAGUCCUCGCUCAGAGAGCUUCUAUCGGGACUGGAGCAGUUGAAGACUUUAAGCACGAACCUGGACCCGACAUGAUGAUGAACCUCCUCCACUCGCCCCCGGUAACGCGCGGACUUACACGGACAGACAAACGGAAUACUAUAUUACUUUAUAUAAUAUAUUCAGUAUAAAAAGCACGAAAAAUAAUACACAUACAAAAAAAUAGGUAACUUUAGUUUGGUGAAUUGUUAGGCGGUUAAAGGAACUCAGAAACCGGCAUUAUAAAUUUUAUUAUCCCUUAAAUAAUGGACAUAAUUUUCUAUGGUUGUGUCAUGUUUUGUGAUUAAUUAUAAAGCGAUAUUUUGGCGGUAGGAAAAUAACUGUUUCUUCCUGCAAUAAUACCGCCGUUCACUUGAAAAUGUCUCAUACAAAAUCAUCAUCUGCCUAAUCUUUUAUCAACUGUGUUGGGGUCGGUUUCCAGUCUUGCCGGAUGCAGCUGAGUACCAAUGAUUUACAAGGAGCUGACUUUUACCUGGAGGCCCCUUAGGCAGUUGUCCCACCAACGACGAGAAAACGACUAACUAUCGGCUAUUUCCUCGCUCAAGAAACGUACAAUAGAUAUACUUUCCAAGUGAACAAAAGAGAUGCAUAUACAAAUAGUUGAUCGCUGACUGUUCACACUGCCGGCGAGCACUCGCUUCACUAGUUUGUCGCUGAGCGACAAAAGCUAUGAAAGAUAACACUCGCUCGGCGACACUCGCCAAGCGAUUAGAACUCACGCCGAGUGAGCAACCAGUGGUCAUUUCUCUACAGUGCGUAUCUAGCGAGCGAGUGAUGCGAGUAAUCGCCCGCCUCACUCGCGCACUCGCUUAUAGCCGAGCUACACAAAUAUCGGAACUACGCACUCGCUCCCCGCGUCUCGCUAACUCGUUUCUAGUUCUAGCUCUACUCGUUGCUCGUUAAUCGUUGCCGGUGAGACAAGUGCCUUAGUAAGACUGGGUAUAAGGUUUUCAGGCUUUCACACAUGUUUUUUUACGACUGCCAAAGAUGUUUGUUUUUAUCUUGUAUAAAAAGUUAUUCAAAAUUUUCUUGUGUUCAACUCAAUAUAACGAGUAAAAAUCUCAUUUAAAAUAAGUGAAAUAGUAGUCCAUUUGUUACAUCUGUUAGUUAGUUUUACUGUUACUGUUAUAUUCCGAUUCGAGUAUUUUUUUUUUUUGUAAUAAUAGUAAGUUCUAUAUAAGAAAUAUCAGUUCUAUAAGUGAUGAGAAAAAUUGUUGGUUGUAUUAAUAAUUAAAUUGGAGAAACUUUGGGCUUCCGCGUCUCUUAAAUAUUGCUCAAUAACAAGAUAAUUGGGUAAUCGCUUAUCGAACAAUAUAGACUUAUGAUUUAUUUAUUCUUUUUUAAAUACCAAAAUAUUGAUAUCCUAUUCUGCUGGUUAGAAGGACGACUUUUCAGUAGUGAGAUAUUUUUAUUUGGAACAUAAAUGUAAAUUAUUUGACAUUUCGUUACUCCAGUCGGAAUAUAACAUGACUGCAAAAGAUAUUGAAAUACAAUCAUCGAAGUUAAACUGUGUAUAGUAUUAUACAUCUUCCAUUUUUCCGUAUAUUGUUCACUUCCGUAUUUUUAAGUUUUUCUCACAUACAUAGAAUAUCUAUCCUAUAUUUAUAAAGCUAAGGAGUUUGCUUGCUUGGAAGUGCAGAUUUUUCAUUGUCUGAAAGCCCAUUUGUCGAGGAAGGAUAUAGACAAAAUUUUAUCCGAUUGCGCGGAGGAGUAACCCCAAGGGAUGCGGGUGAAACGGCUGGCUGAAGCAGGUUCUGUAUACAUUUCGAUGGUAAACUGAGGUUAAGAAAUUUCCAAACACACAGUUUACUAACAUAUAUUUUUGGUAAUGUGGUUAGAUGCAUCAGUAAGACAGGCAGAAAUAUUUAUACCUUAUGUAGAGCUAAAUAACGUCUGUUUACUUCGACCUCAGAUGUACAUAUAAAGAUAUACGUAAAUUCUAUCUACAAUCCUCUUCCUUAGUUGACUUCCAUUCUAUGUUGUAAUAAAUUCAGUUUUAGUGUUCCAUUCUGAAUUUUUGUAUCUGUUUUGAAUGAAAAUGUAUAUUAUUUAUACCUAAGUAUGUACGAAUUUGAUGUGAUAGCCAAAUUCUGUACAGUUAUAAUUUCUGGUGUGUUGUGAUCAUACCAUGAAAUGGGGAAAAUGGGAAUUCUUAUUGUUUACUUUUUCUCGGCGUUUUCGUGUUACGGUGUUAAUCUUGGUUUGUGGUUAUAUUCGUUCAAAGAAAUCCUGACAUUUUUCUAAAAGUUAUUCACUAGAUAUAGAAGAAAUACGUUAUUGUUUGGUGAAAAAAAACUUACAGCACGUUUAAAUUUGGAAAAAAAAUAUUAGGAAUAACAUAAUAUUAUGUGGUUAGUAUAAUGAUAAAUAAAUGAGGUCUGAUGUAUUCUAAGGUUAUGGAUCGAAUACACAAAUGUUACUCUUAAUCUUAAGUUGUUAUUUAAAUCCUUUUUUCGUUCAACAACUUAAAAUUAAGAGUCAUUUGAAAAUUCGGGAAUUUGAAGUACCAAAAGCGCUUUUGUGAAAGCACUUACCAAACAUGUUAUAAGCAAAUCUGGCGAGUGAUAGGAAACCAUAUUAUUUAGAUUAUGUAUUAUUUAAAUUAUAUAUUAAGUACCUACUAUUAUUAUUUAUGAAAUCUCAACUUUCAUUUUGUUCUAGGUGAUUCUUAUAUUCUUCUUCUUUUCUUUGGAUCACUGUUAAUCUUAGAUCAGCCUUGAUUUCAUGCCACUUAAAAUGUAAAAUAUGAAAAUAAAAUUAAAUGAGUAGAUUUUUCCUCCGACAAUUGAAGUCAAAACGAAGUAUAUGAAUAAUCUUCUAGGGAGUCCAUACCGAUGUGUAUAAAUUUCCAAAUAUGUACAUUAUUUUGCUAUAAAUAAAAUAAUGUAAUCUAAUUCGAAUACUUGAUAUCUUACGGUGAGUUGCACCUAUUAACUAUAACGAUAACCAAACCAUUUGAAGUAGUCAAAUCGCCGAAUUGACCAAUAGGCGGCAAGUAUACGGCUGGUUAUGGUUUGGUUAUCGUUAUAGUUGAAUGGUACAACUGGGACUUAGUAUGUUAACGAAAUCUUUGCUUAAAUUGUAAAUACGAACAAAUACAUAUAUUUUUGUGUGCCAUUGAGGCUGUAUUCAUUUACUUAGUGGGCAUUGCUUGAUAUCAGUAUGAAUUUCUUCCUGCCAUCAUCAAAUGACUUCAUAUCUUUAUUCUAGAUAUUAUGUGUUUCGUGUAAAGUCCGAUACUCUCUAAAACUAAAUAUUAAAAACUAAUUUGUGCUUGUUCAACAAAUGUUAUUGUACAUUAAACUGUGAUUCAUUAUUUUA